AUGGCUCUGCCUCACAAUGUCCGAAGGGGCUUGACAACUUUCAGUGGAUCGCUGUUCAUUGACAAUAAAACGAGGGAUUGCGGAGCUGCCCAGAUCUACCCUCCAGGGCAUGAGGUGCUGUCCAGCCUGCCCCUCCAGAUGCUGCUAUUCUUCAAUGUCGUCUUCUUCCCAUUCUGGUGCCUGUCCGAGGGGAUAAUGCUGGCAUUAAAGUACGGCCUGUUGCCCUGUUACUACCAGUUCCUCCUUGUUGCUGCCUUCCUGAUUCUCACAGUAGCUGAAGGGUUACGCUUGUAUCUUGGAUACAUUGGAAAUCUGCAAGAAAAGGUCCCUGAACUGGCUGGAUUCCUGCUCCUGUCCUUCCUGAUACAGCUCCCCCUCCUGCUUUUCCUCCUCACGGAUGACCACAUCAUUCGGCUGCCCCUGGAGACAGCUGUGCAUAUCAUUUACCUGGGAUUUCUUGCCUCCGAGAUCACAACUGCCUUCUUUGCACUUAAAGUGAUGACAAGGCAGCUUGCUACACAGUUCUACCUGAAACAAUUUGAGGAUGCAGGCAGACCGUGGCAAUUGGGGCAUAGCGUGAGCCAAGGCAGGGCAGCCCAUCCAGGCAGAAGCGGGCAGCAGGAGAGAGAAGGGAAUUGA